UUACGUUCGAUGCACUCUAUUAACGAAACUCGCACCGAGUACACCAUCGAUUUUAAUACCAAAUAAUUAUAACCGGAGUGGCAGCGUUCGGAGUAAACCGUGCAAACUAAACCAAAUAUCGAAACGUUCCGGUGUAACAGAUGAUCUUAGAAAGUUCGAGAAGGGUAAAACUGUUGGAUAUUAUUGGUGGCUAGUUUUAACUUGAGUUUACAUCAAAAUAUUUUCACAUAUGUCGAAGAAAAGAUCGAUUUAUUAUAUAUAAAUACUUCAAUGUUUAUAUUUUAAGGAUAAGGUGACGUCAGAAUAAUUUGAAUAUUUCGUUUGACGUAUCGAAUUAGAUCAAACUUUUAAUUGAAAAUGGGGAAAGAUUAUUACAAAAUCUUGGGAAUUAGUCGAGCAGCAACAGAUGAUGAAAUUAAGAAAGCUUAUCGUAGGCAAGCAUUAAAAUAUCAUCCUGAUAAGAAUAAAUCACCAGAAGCAGAAGGCAAAUUUAAAGAAGUUGCUGAAGCAUAUGAUGUAUUGAGUAAUAAGAAAAAAAGAGAAAUAUUUGAUAGGUUUGGAGAAGAAGGAUUAAAAGGUGGUGCAACUUCCAAGGCUAGCAAUAACCAGGCACAGUAUAUGUUUAGUGAAGAUCCAAAGACGAUAUUUACAAACAUUUUUGGAACUUAUAGUCCAUUUGAGUCGUUUUUUAGGAAUGGAAUGAAUGCUAGAAAUAGAUGUAUGUUUAAUGAAAUGGAUUUUGAAAAUUGUUUUAAUGUUACUAAUCAAAAAGGUUUUCAUCGCCCAGCACAUACAAAGUCGCAAGGCCCUUGUAAUCAGGCAAAGAGACUAAAACAAGAUCCACCAAUAGAACACGAAUUAUUUAUUGGUUUAGAAGAUAUUGCGAAAGGUUGUGUCAAAAAGAUGAAGAUAUGUCGUAAUGUAUUAUGUUCUGAUCACAAAACAAUAAAAAGGGAAGAAAAGAUCCUUACGGUGGCCAUCAAGCCAGGAUAUAAAGCAGGAACAAAAAUUACUUUUAAAAGAGAAGGUGAUCAAACUCCUAAUAAUAUUCCGGCAGAUAUUGUUUUUAUUGUGCAAGAUAAACCACAUCCAUUAUUUAAACGGGAAGGCAGUAAUCUUAUUUAUACGGCCAAUGUCACUUUGCGUGAGGCUUUAUGUGGAGCAAGUGUAGACGUAUCAUUAUUAUCUGGUGAAAAAAUAUCAUUUAAAUUACCAAAUGUACAACCGGGAACUACCAGGCUUAUAAGAGGGAAAGGAUUACCUCAUCCCAUGGAUUUAAGACGACGAGGGGAUCUUAUUGUAAAAUUUGAUAUAAUUUUUCCUGAUAAACUUUCAGAUGAUACUAAAGAAAUACUUAACAGUUGUUUGCCAUAAGUAUAGCAUAAUUUAUAUAAUUUAGUCUGUACAUUCUAGUUUAAUUCAUUUUAUCCUUAUUGUCCUAAUACAUCUUGGAAUAUGUAAAUUAAUUAAUAAUGCUUAAUUAAAUAUCAUACAAUAAUAGUAAUGCAAAUUCUGCAUCAAAAUAAUUUCAUUCUGGCAUUUAUUUAUUAAAACAAUGACUUAAAUUUCUCAUAGUAUGACUUCAUAUAUGAAAACUUCUGGAGUAGAUUUUAUAUUAUCGGAGACAUAUGUAUGUCCAAAACUUUAUAUUUGAGCUUGUAUAUAUAUAUGUAAUAUGU